ACGACGCAGGCGGCUGUCAGCAGUUCAUCACCCGCGGAGAAGCUCUCUUUGUGGGAGGUUUAUGUACCCACGCUGCGGCGUUUAGACUGAUAUCAGCCCGAGUAUUUUUAUUAACUUUGUUAAAGUGUCAAGUACCUCUGCUGUCAUGGCAGAGGGAGCGGACUGCGGUUCGGCCAACCCCGCGAAGAGGAAGCAACCGGCUGGGAGGAAGAGCAGACAGAGCCAGGGGAAGAGGAGCUCCAGCAGCCGGGUCUGUUUGGAGAAGGUCUUGGGUAUCAGCACAGCCAGCAGCAGUGGUUUGACCUCUGACCCCAACACAGGACUCAUUGCCUACCCUGCAGGGUGUGUCGUCGUGCUGCUUCACCCGAAGAAGAACAAACAGAGUCACAUCAUCAGCGCCUCCAGGAAACCCUUCAGUGCGUUGGCGUUCUCUCACGAUGGGAAGCACCUGGUCACCGGUGAGAGCGGUCACAUGCCCUGCGUGCGGGUCUGGGAGCUCGAUGGAGGUCAGGUGGCCGAGGUUCAGUGUCACAAGUACGGCAUUUCCUGCGUGGCGUUCUCCACCAACAGCUCCUACAUCGUCUCUGUGGGAUACCAGCACGACAUGACUGUGAGCGUGUGGGACUGGAAGUCUCUGUAA